UUGACUAAUGAGUUUGCCGACCACUGGCCCUAGCCUGACUCCCAGCUCUGUUAGCUCUUUCCUCAUUGAGUUCCCCUACCCUUUGGCCUCCCAGACCUCGCUGCCUGGCCACAUCUGUCCUGUCCUCUGGUUCUCACCCUACUUGCCUACUCCUUGCACAGGCCUUCCGAUCACCCAUGCUCUCUGAAGACAUCCUCUCAUUUACUCGCGAGCAUGGCAUUCUGCUGCUUUUCUUCAUGGCCCUUAACUCACCCUAGGAUGAUCCCUUCACCCAUUUAGCACAUGUUCCAAUCAGAUGGUAGCUCCAUGAGGAACUUCUCUGCCUUGCUCUCAGAAUUACCCACCACACCCAGCCCACUGUACGACCCAUCAUAAUUACUUACUGAGUAUAUUUAUUGAUGCUGUUUUAUGAAUGGAUGUUUAUAAAUGAUUUGCCUUCUCUUUGAAGGGCUCUCCGUGCUCUUAACACACAGUCUGCACAGGGGGCACUUAACUCUAACAUGAUAGCUCAGUUUCUUUUAUUGGUUAGAAUAAAUGACACAGUGAGAUGCUUGCUGACAGUGGUCAUGUCAUACUGCUGUGACCCCCAUAGUAUCCGCCAUGUGGUUGCUCCACGUGUCCUUAAUUAGAAAUAAACUUGUCUUAUCCCUUGUGCUCUGACAUUCAAGUGUCCAAAGAUACAAAAGACGUUUUCUGCUUAUGGGAUAAAAAAUACAAAAUACAGUGUUGGCCUCAAAGAGGAAGUCUGUCCUCAGGUUUAGUUGAUUUGCAAGACCAAGCUUGACAGUGGCGUCAUUUCGUCAUUUCUGAAAAAAUAGGAGUAGCCACGGAAGCAAAAGUUCAGUUUUAGACGGGGCAUUUCGUGACUGGACUUUUCCUUUCAAGGGGAAGACAGAAUGGGAGGAGGUUCAUCCAAAAACGAUCCCAACACUGGAGUCCACACCACAACAGCUCCAAGAAUUACCCCUGCACCCUGCCCUUCCGACAAAGAACUUCAUUUGGCCUUAGCCUUUCUUGCUGGAAGUCUACUGACAUUGCUGCUGGUGGCCCUUGUCUUCUUCAUCAUAAAGAGCUACAGAAAAUAUCACUCAAGUCCCCACGCUCUGGAUCCUCACUCAGAUUCUCUUGCCAAGUUGUCAUCCAACCCGGAGGAGGCACUUACCUCUGCCAGCAUGGCUCUCAAAACCUCAAAAGAAAAGAGAGACGACUUGAUUGCAAACCAUUCUGCAGACUCGAACUCCGUUAUCUAUGCUCAGAUUAAAUUGGCAGACUCAUCCUGAGUUUCCAAUAAGGCUUGAAUCCAGUUCCUCUCACGCCAGCUGCAUCUUCAUACAUCGCUUUUCCUUUGUAGAAAAUUUGGACCACAAUCUGGGUGAAACUGCAGAUGGAGUUGUUUGGGUGUGAUCUGGCAACCUUGGCUAUCAGUUUUGUGACCAGGGUCAGUCUUAUUCCUGUAUCUCCCACUUGGACUAAUAAAAUGGAAUUCCCCGGAGAACCGCGACUGCCCCCCUUCGUCCUCUUCCAAAGUGUGAGCUACAAGCUCAGUGCACCAAGAGUGUUCACUCAGUGUCACUGAUCAACUUGGGAAGAGUCAACCAACCCAACAAUCUAACAAGAAUUACAAAUAAAAGCAAACCCUCUGUGA